AUUUUUAAAGAGUUUCGAGGCGCCAAGUUGUUAGAUGUGAAUGACGCUCCUCAUCUGGUUGAGGCAGCGUAUGAGAGGUGGCUGAAGGAGAAUGGAAUGUCGCAGCAUUUGCGCAAAGUGCGACCUUAUGCUACCUUUUAUUCAUUUGAAUAUAUAAGAAGUAGUGACUUCUUGAUCAUCAGCCUGAGACUCUCCAUCCUCUAUGUUAAGUGAAAAAAAAUAUUGAUGCUUCUUGAUCUUAAUUCUUCUUGUUCCGAGUCGUAUCUCUCCCCUGCUACCCUCCUCAGAAACGACUGAUGCAGAGGCAUCUCUCGAUGCUUUUCACCGUUGCGAAGAUAAGAGGAAAGUGCGCAAUUCCGUGGGCAACUCCUACUGGUUCCCACUUGGAUUGGUUGAAGACGAUCUGUCUCCAAGGCGAUGGGUCCGUCAAGGGUGGAGAUAAGAAAGAGGCCUAUCAGGUAUAGAAUCGAUUUUAGUCUAGUCAGAUUUGUUGCGUCUGUCUCGCUUGGGGAGUUCUAUUGGAAGUCAAGUCUUCGGGUUUUAUCUGGAGUCUAGUGGUGUUUCAAGUUGAUUAUACACAAGUUCUCACUUUCUCGACAAGUCUAUCUGCAGAAGAGUGGCCCUAUCUUAAACACCCACUACCCCGCUCUUCGUCUUGUCCCGCAACAAAAUAACGAGAGGGCUGGAGACGUUUAUGGCUGCGCUUCCACUGCAAGUUCCAGCGAUGCAUAAGGUGGGGAAGAAAAAAACCCAUCAGCCUGCGGCUGAACGAUCAGAAGACGUAGCUCGACUUGUUCAGCACUUCGCGCCAGGACUUCUGAACGACCUAGAGGGGGAGCCAGUUGAUUCCGCGCGGAUCCUCUUGAUCUUUGACAAUGACCAGGAGGCGACGGUCCAACGCAGUGCGCAUGGAAUAGCAAAGCACUGCGCCUGUGUCCCCCGCAUAGGCUUGCAUCAUCGCCUAUCGAAUAACUCCAAUAAGUGUGCCAAGGCGUCAGCCCUUCGAUGUUCGAUGAGAAUACUCGCAGGCGGCAAGAAGACGGAGAAAUCUCUCCGAGGAGCCUACGAGAAUGCCAGGCAACGCUGCAUAGCCCAGGCUGAACGAGGCGAGCCGUUCUUGCUUGCUGAUAAGAUCGAAAUGCAAACGCAGAAGACGGCCAAAGACGCUCUAGAACAAGGUGCUUUGAUUUAUUUUGGCCUCGCAACUCCAUCUACAGACUCUUGAGAUUUCCUUCCGUGUCUCUUGUUUCUAGUGCAUUUCUUGAGGCUGGCCGCGUCACCUGCUUCGACCUUUGUGCCGGGUAUCCGCCGACUUCUAGUGGUGCUUGCAGGUCAGUUUGGUCCUCGUUUGUUGCCGGACCCAGACGCCUAGCUGGUCCGGCAAGCUCCCAGCCAGCUUUGGCGCAGGUUGGAAAUGAGUACUCAAUGGGAGUUAGGUCAAAAAGCAGGCAUUUUCUUCGGACCUGCUUUCAUUUUCGAGAAGGGGUCUCAAGAUGGGUGCUCCAGAGAGGUCAAUUUGACCUCUCUGGAGCCUCAUUUUGAGCGAUUUUGGAAAUGAGUACUCAAUGGGAGUUAGGUCAAAAAACAGGCAUUUUCUUCGGACCUGCUUUCAGACUCUUCAGAGGACUCAUGAAGAAAAAUGAAAGCAGGCCCGAAGAAAAUGGCCCUUUUGAGAGCUAACCAGCACUGAGUGGCCAUUUCCAACUUGCUCAAAUCUCGUCUGAGGCUCUCCGUGAGCUUCAGACGAAAUGAAAGCAGGUCCGAAGAAAAUGCCUGUUUUUUGACCUAACCAGCAUUGAGUACUCAUUUCCAGACCUGCCCACUUUGGGUCCCAGACCACUUCCAGAGACUUGAGGCCUUGAUCUGCUUUGCUGAGUCAGCCACAUCCACACUCGAUUGCUCCUCUUCGGCAUGCAGAUCUGCCCUGACCUGCUGGCAUUGCUGGCCUUGUCUGGUUCGAUGACCAGCCUCACUUCAGAACCAUCCUCAUAUUUAUCUAGUCUUCGGCAUUUGGAGUUGAUUUCUCAUAAUCUCAGUCCAAAACAACAGCCUCCAGAUGCCGGGUUCAAGUCCAUGGUGCAGAUGCGUUGGUUUGCAAAUUCAUUCGUGAUGCGGUGGGCGCAGACAAGAGGAGCUAUUUGUGCUACGGUUUUGGAAGAGAUGAAGCGGACUGCAAGCGAAGAAACAGGUGUUGCGCUUGAGGUCGAGCCCGGUCGUGAAGUAGAUCCUAAUGGUCCAGCUUUGGCGGAUGGAGAUGAUGUUGCGGCACUGGAAAACUGGGAAGAUGACUUUCCUCAACCCAUAAUCGAGAACGAAGGUGAAGAUGUUGGUCCAUUUGAUGCCAUCCCUGCUGAGCAGGCUUCUUCUCCAAAUAAGAACUCAAAGAAGGGCAAGCCGGACGAGGAUAAUAAUAAGCUCACGGACUGGAACAAGUUGUGCAGCUUUUAUGACGCACUAACCAACAUCACAGAGGAUGAGAUGAGGUUCCACGAG